GACAUUCAGGUGGACGUGGAUAAUAUUGAAUGCGAAUGAGAUAUUGAAUGCGAACGUGAAGUUAUUUAGUUUUUCAAGAGAUUGGUUAGCUAGCAAACUGUUUGUUCAAACUACAUUUUGACUUAUCUAUAUGGAUCAUCCUGGCACAUGAGAAAGCGGUUUCCUAUCCCGUUCAGAUUUUUUUUCCGAGCAAAGCAACCAAGUGAGAGCUAGUUGGAGUUUACAUGCCAUCAGUCCCAGGCCACAUGGAAUACUGAGUCUGGAGUGGACCACAAAGAGCUGACCAGAAAGAGCGUAGUGAGAGAGCAGAACGAGGACCUCAUGUCAUUUUACAACACAGACGGGAUAUUCAACCCUGCCUACCAUGACAGCGAAACCCUGGAAAUCCACAGAAGCACUUCCAGAAGGUCUCAUCACUACAACCCUUAUGACACGGAUCAAGAACCCUGGCAAAGGGGUGUGUUCCAUGAUGCGCUGCCAUCCUACAAUGAACAGAGCAGGGCUCCCUGGGACAGCAGGCAGGGCAGCUGGAGGGCAACAGACAACAUGGCAAUGGGCCUCAUUCCAACUCAGCAGGGCAGCCUGAGAUGGGAGCAUAACCAGACCAGUGGUGGGUACCAGAUAAACUCUGCAGUAGACUACAGCACAGCCCACCAGGAACAGUCACCAGGGACCUCACCCAUUGAUAGGUCAAUGCGACGAAGAGGAACACGGAAAAUGAGCCUGUUUCCAGGUGGUGGUGUAGCCCUGGGAAAACUGGGCAUGACUGAGGAAGACAUCAGGGAGGAAAUUGAAAGUGAGGAGCAAGACUUGGUGAAAGAACUGGCCGCUAUGUCAUCCAGGGACCAAAUCCGAGCCAUACGAGAGCUCCCAAUGAGCAUUGAAGAUAAAAAACAUAUCAGGAGCCAAGUACUUGCUCAUAAGUCCUCCAAGCGGGGUCUCCAGCUGACCUGCUGUACAGACUGCUCUGAGCAGGUUUCUCUGUCCUUCCGCAGGUGUGGAACCACCAUGGUGUCAGCCAGACAAGCCAUGGAGUUGUGGCAGGGCACCAUGAAGGAGAUUGGGGGGAAGUUUGGCACCAGUGUCCUCUCUUACUUUCUGUUCCUCAAGUGGCUGCUCAUGUUCAACAUUUUCUCCUUCCUGGUCAAUUUUGGUUUCAUCACCGUGCCCCAGCUGGUGCAACCGCCUAACAAAACAGCCGAUGUGGGAUUCAGGGGGCUGGAGCUCCUCACUGGAGCUGGCUAUUUCAACAAGACAGUGAUGUAUUAUGGUGGCUACAGUAAUGGAACAAUCGGGACCCAACCUGAGUAUGACAUGCAGCUGGCUUACUUUUUCACCAUUGCUGCUUACUUGGUGCUGUGUGGAGCCUCUCUGAUCUACAGUAUGGCUCGGUCUUUCCAGAGGAACUUUGUGCUGUCAUACCCAGCCUCUGGCAGUGCCUGGCGUCUGCUGUGCAGCUGGGAUUUCAAAGUCACCAAUGACAGAGCCAUAAGACAACGCAAGAAUAACCUCAGAAUACAACUCAAGGAGUCCCUUUCAGAAAAGCUCCAAGGAAUCCAUUUGACCACAUCAGAGAAAUUGAAACAGUUUGGGAUCCACCUGGGUACCUGGCUCAUCUCUACUGGUUUGGCAGCAGGCUCCUGUGCUGCCAUCUACUUCCUCUAUGAGUCCAACCUGGAAGUGGUUAAAGAUCCACAGGCCCCUACUAGCCUGCUAAAUGAAGCCUCCACUUUGCUUUUGCCCUUUGUGGUGUCCCUCUUCAACCUUGUCAUCCCACUGCUGUACUCACUGCUCAACAAGGCUGAGCGGUACUCCAACCCUCGCAUGCAGAUCUACGUCAUCGUCCUCAGAAAUGUCUUCCUGAAAAUGUCUAUUCUGGGAAUUCUUUGCUACUAUUGGAUGCAUGAUGUGGCCAGUAAUAUUUCAUGCUGGGAGUCCUUUGUUGGACAAGAUCUGUACCGACUAGUGAUCAUGGACUUCAUCUUCAUAAUGUUUGGCUCCUUCUUUGGAGAGUUCCUACGCAAUGUGAUUGGGACCAAGUGUCUGCCAAGUCUGGGGGUUCCAGAGUUUGAUGUGGCCAGGAAUGUCCUUGACCUGAUCUACGCACAGACACUGGCAUGGAUUGGGAUUUACUUCUCUCCACUGCUGCCAGUAAUACAGCUGAUCAAAUUGUUCAUCACAUUUUACCUGAAGAAGGUGAGCCUGAUUCGGAACUGCCAGCCCCCUCGACGUUCCGGCAGGGCUGCACAGAUGCAAACCAUCUUUAUCGCACUGCUUUUCUUCCCCUCUUUUGUGGGGGCACUGUCCAUGGUGGCCUAUACUGUGUGGAGCCUGAAGCCCUCAGACAGCUGUGGGCCCUUCCAGGGCCUUAACACCACCUUUGAAGCUGUGGCCCUCUGGAUGGACAGAGAGGCAGAUAUCCCAGGAUCCAUGUGGGCUGUUUGGAUCUACGAGAAUGUGAUCAAAAGCGAGCUCUUCUUCUUCCUCCUCACACUCAUCUUCCUGGUUCUGAUAUACUUCUUCUGGCAAAUCACUCAGGGACGUAAACUGCUGAUUGUUCUUCUCAGGGAGCAGAUCAUUAAUGAGGGGAAAGACAAGGCUUUCUUGCUUAUGAAGCUGCAGAAUCUCCAGAAAGCAAAGAAGACAACAGCUUCCCUCCAGCCUACCAACACACAACAACCCAAGAGAUUUGAUAUGAGACAGCACAUCGAACCAGAUUAUGAUCAGGAAUCUGAAGGUCUGCCACGCCCUGAAGAAGACAUUGGUCCCUCUGUCCCCAGUGCUCUCAUCCAGGCGAUGCUGGCCAGGCGGAUGGCUGAGGAAGAAGAGGAAGAUGGAUACUAAAAAGCAUGAAGGAUGGU